CUUUUAUCAGGCAGGCAGGUAGCUAGUAACACGACAAACCCUGACACGCUGGUUCCUUUAAGUAGGCUCAGAGAGAGCCUUUCCAUGCUUCUCCCUAUCGUCAGUAAGACUACGGUCCAUUUCUCCUGAUCUCUGUCCCUUCUGUAUGGUGACCAGCUCUGUGGAUCCAUGCUUUGCUCGGUUCCCACCUUUCCUCUUUCACUAUCUAUAACCUCCGAGCUAGCUAGGGACCUACCACUACUAGCAUCAUGACCCAUCAGGCCAAACGACGACGGCUUGGAACCCAGCCAACUGCCACUGUAGGCGAUGGCAUUGAGUGUUUGGACGGUUACUACUCACCGGCAUCGAAAUUCGAGCAGGAUUCCUGGAAUGGAUUCUGUGAGCUGGAUUCUGAACCUGCUAUUUUCAAUGUGAUGCUCCGGGAGUUCGGAGUAAAGGGGAUCAAAAUCCAAGAAGUCCUGUCGCUUGACGAGGAGAUGAUGGCAUUUCUGAAUAAACCCAUAUAUGGUCUGAUUUUCCUGUUCCGUUGGCGCGAGGAUGAUCCAGAUAAGCAAGAAGCAAGCUGCCCGGAGGGCCUCUGGUUUGCUAAUCAGACAGCCAGCAAUGCUUGCGCCAGUGUGGCGCUUCUAAACAUCGUCAACAACAUCACCAAUAUCGACCUUGGGGAGAAUUUGCAGAGUUUCAAAGACUUUACCAUGCCUUUCACACCCGCACUGAGGGGAGAUGCAAUAAGUAACUUCGAAUUCGUCAAGAGAAUACAUAAUUCAUUCGCCAGGAAGAUGGACAUGCUUAGCUCAGACUACCAGCUCAAAGCUGAGGCUACAUCCAAGCGAAGUAGACCAGCCAAGUACAAGCCCGCUGAUAAUAAAGCAGACGCGGGUUUUCACUUCAUUGCCUUCGUCCCUGCCUUGGGUAAAGUUUGGAAGUUCGACGGCUUAGAACGUCAACCUCAGGCGCUUGGCUCUUGCGCAUCGGAUGAAGAUUGGCUGAGCCUGGUAAAGCCUGAUAUUCGCGCCAGAAUGGAGGCAUAUGAAGAAGAUCAGAUAGAGUUUUCUAUCCUGAGUGUUGCUAGAGAUCCGCUCCCUGAGCUUGUCAAUCAAUUAGCUGCCAAUGUAAGGAGCCUAGAAAUCAUUCAAGAGCGCUUGACCUCAAUUCCCGAGAGCUCUGCUGGUCUUGAAUCCACUCUGGCGGAUUCGAUAUACGAAAAUACCAUCCUGGGACCGGAUGAAGGCUAUGCGUUGACAAGGAAAACCAUCGACCAAGUGACCAUCCAUGAAAGACAAGAGAGAGAAUACCAGACAUGUUCAGUGGAAGAACUUAAUCAUCACCGGCAGAGGUUAGGUCAUGCUCAACAGGAACUACGAGCAGCAAUCCGAGAAGAGCAACAGUCGCAGCAAACGGAUGAGGACUAUGCUGAAGGACGAAGAUAUGAUUAUGGGCCGGCCAUUCGAACAUGGCUACGCUUUCUAGCACGCAAAAGGCUGAUAGAGGACUUGUUGUGAAGACUCCAUCAGAACAUCCUGUCAUUUUCGUUUGCUUUGUCGUCCUUCUCCACCAAAGCGGAUUGGAAGAAAAAUAAUGUUUGACUGUUCUACGUAGAGCGUGCCCUAGGAGCACUCCACCGCGGAUGACUACAUUAGCGUUGAAUGGACAUAAGAUAGUAUUCUUGUGACAGAUGAUGGUUGCUGUCCGGUGACUUUGAUUACUCGGUCAUCGAAACUAUGGAGGCUGUGGGAGGUGUCAUGAUAUGAGGUAAAACAUGGAAAGCGGAUGGAAAGCGGAUGGAAAGCCCAUACGGACGGUCGGAGUACUUUCGCUUGAUAUAUUGCAUAUAGGUAUAUCAUGUGUGUAGUGUGCCC